AUGGAGGCGGAGGGGAGAGGGGGCGAAACACCACUGUCCCACAAUGACCACACUCAGAAAAGUCAAGAUCUUUCGUCCGACGCAGCUCUUGUGGACAGAGUUUGUGUUGACAAACUCACGGAGGGAAUCCUUGCUCACUAUCUGCCCAAUCUCCAGAACUCCAAGAGGGUCCUGCAGGAGCUCACACAAAACCAGGUCAUCUUAUUGGACACUUUGGACCAAGAGGUGACAAAGUUCAGGGACUGUAACGCUCUGCUGGACCUCAAUUCUCUAUUCAUCGAAGCCAAAAUCUACCACAACAAACUGGUGAACAUCCGGAAAGAGAUGAUCGUGCUUCAUGAGAAGACAACAAAACUAAAGAAAAAAGCCCUGAAGCUGCAGCAGCUGAAGCAGAGGGAUUUUCUGGAGAAGGAGCAGCAGAAGGAGAAAGAGCUGGAGCGGGAACGACAGCUCACAGCCAAACCGGCCAAACGGACCUGA